ACGUAGGGUAUGGGCUGCAAUCGCUGACAUCCUGCACUGGCUGACAGUUUAAAACUCAUCCUCUCUCAUGUGACUUCAGUUUUUAUCAAACUUAGGCAAGAUUUACUUAAAUUAUGACAAAGUGAAUUGAUCCGUGUUAGUUAUAUUGACUGAGAUAUAAUGAAUAUUUCGCAAAAAUAAAAGUUUCUGCAAGUGUAAAGUUCUUUGACUUCGAGUGACAUUAACUGCUAGCUGGGUGUUGUUUCAUCUAUUCACACAAAGUCUCAUCCUGGAUUCUGGUUUUCCACCAACUGAAAAAAUGACACCAACACCGUCGGGGAAGAUGUUGGAAGGAAUGGCUUACAAAACUUCCGACUCUACCAUGAAAUCGGAAACAGACUUAGAGAAACCAAAGAAUGAAACUAAAGAAUAUAAAAUGCAAGUUGUUUGGAAUCGAAUUGCCAUUCUUAUAUACCUACAUCUUGCUGGAUUCUACGGAAUGUAUCUAAUGUGUACCAAAUCCCACAUUCUGAGUCCAUUUCUCAUGUACGGAUUCGUGAUAUUGACUGGAUUGGGAACUGGAGCCGGCUGUCAUAGACUUUGGAGUCACAGGGCUUACAAGGCUAAACUGCCAAUGCGAAUAAUUAUGAUGUGUCUUCAAACUAUAGGAUAUCAGGGUCACAUUUAUGGAUGGGUUAGAGACCACAGAGUGCAUCACAAAUUCGUUGAUACUGAUGCUGACCCUCAUAAUUCGAAAAGGGGAUUUUUUUUCUCCCACAUGGGGUGGCUAAUGGUUAAAAAGCAUCCUGAAGUAAGAAGGAAGGGCGCUACCGUUGACCUCAGUGACCUUAAGAAAGAUCCUGUUGUUAUGUUCCAAAAAAAGUAUUAUGCUCCAAUGGUGGCCCUUUUCUGCUUCGGGAUACCAGCAGCAACUGUUCACUACCUUUUUGGAGAACCAUGGUUUGAUGCCUACCACCUUGCAUGUGCCAAGUUUCUAUGGAGUACGCAUUUAACUUGGCUCAUCAAUUCCGGCGCUCAUAUGUGGGGUGCUCGACCUUAUGAUAAGACCAUGACAGCUAGAAACAAUCUUGCACUUGCUGUUGCUGUAGUUGGAGAAGGGUGGCACAACUAUCAUCACGUAUUCCCUUGGGAUUACAAGUCAUCGGAGCUCGGUAAUUACAAAACAAACACACCCACAGCCUUCAUCGACUUCUUUGCGUGGCUAGGCCUUGCUUACGAUCUCAAGACUGUUCCAACGGCCAUGAUUAACAAACGAGCAGCAAGAACUGGCGAUGGCACCAGAGUCAGUGCAUUUUUCGAUAAUGAUCAUCAGAGAAAGGAACAUGAAGCUGACAAUGUUUGGGGCUGGGAUGAUAAAGAUAUGGCAGAGGAGGACAAAAAGGAGGCUUUAAUUCUUAACAAGGAACAUUAGAUUUCCCGUUACUACACAAUUUAAUUAAUUCCAAUUUUCAUCAUAUCGAAAUUUAUCGCCUGAAAGGAGUACAAUGGCAAAAAGUUAACAACUAAAAAAAUUCGUCAGUAUAUUAAAUUUUUAAAUUAUCUUGGCUGUUGGUUUACUAUAAAGUACUCGUUUUUAUAUCAACUUAGAAAAGAAGCUACAUUACAUUUUAUUACUAAAAAGGUGGCCAUAAAGGUUUCAAAUACCAGAUUGUAUUCAUAAUGAUAUACUAUACGAUAAAAUUAAGAUAAUCUUCGACAAGUGUAAUGUCGAAUUUAAAGUAGAGAAAAUGAAUGGAUCUACAGCUAUUCUCAUUUCAGUAGAAAUAUAAUGUAAAAACAGUAAGGUUGCUUAUAGGGUGAAUGCAUCAAUAGGCAAACAAAUAAGCAAAUUCGAAUUCUGUAGCCAAUUUUUCUUAUGAUAUCCAUUAUUUCGAAAUAUAAAAAAAUUCUUAUGGUGAAUGUUAA